GAUUGUCGGUUGCAGAUGCGAGUACAUAAAGAAGUAGCUUUCGAUGAGUUGAAGUUACUAUAUAACUGCCUUUUCGAGCCAAGGGAGCUGUCGAGCGCUUGUCAUCAUUCUCAACUUUGUGGCGCAUGCACACUAUCAUCGUACCGACAUGCUAACGCUACAAUUCUCGCUUCCUGAGUACUCUGACGAAGUACAAACACUAGAAUGUUUCGCAAAUCCGUCCUUCGUUCACUGGGAGAAGUUCAAUUUCCUGUACACUGCGCAAACCUGCAUCCAACGGGCCUUCGAAACUCACCGGAUGGAUUCUAUGUGCGACGUUUGGACGGGUCAGCUCACGCUCACGCGUGACGACAAGCCUUCCUACAAAUAUGAACCCAAGAUUGUCUGCAAGAUGACUUUUGGCCGUGAGGUCGCGAGCGGAUUGAGAAAGGAGGCCGGAUUUUACACGCGAGAGCUUUACUGGUUGCAGGGCUUACAUGUUCCGCGUUUCUAUGGCGCGUUCCAAGGCACUUUUCGAGCUUUUGGAAAGCCUUAUAACCUAACAUGCAUGCUCAUCGAACAUGGUGAGCUCGCCGACGCCGACAGUCUUAGUGAGUUACCCUGGGAAGCAAAAAUGCAGGUCAAAGACGCCAUUCUAAUGAUCCACGAAGUCGGCGUUAAACAUUGCGAUUUUGACCUUUGGCAUGUCAUUAAGUCAAAUCACGAUGGUAGACAUCUGAUCAUCGACUUCGACUGCGCUGAGAAGCACGAAUGCGAAAGGGAGUACGAAAUUGUACCGAAAACCUUUCAGCUCAGUCCGGAGCUGUGCAAAUGUGACGAGAUCUAUCGUGCAUGCUACCUCCUCGACAUAUGGAUCCCAGCCAGCGUCAUGUUUUCGGGUAGUUUGGUCCCUUUGCGUAAGGCAGAUACUACGCAGAAGCUGGCGAACUACAUCCACGAGAAUUGGAAGAUACCCAUGGAGGAAGCCGUGUCGAGAUCCAAGUACUGGCUACAGUGCUACUACUGGCAGUACAGCGAUUGGCUGGAGGAGCAGGGGUUCAAGUUCGAAUGGCCAUAUGGGGAGAAGGCGCAUCCUGAUACCCCCCAUUGAUUGUGUCCCAUGUGCAUCUCUUUUGUACCUAUGUCAUUCGCUCUUUUGCUGUGCUGUUCUCGCCGCUAUACCCUACCACCGCACCUCCAUCUUGUUUGAACGAUAAUCAUGCUUGUGGAGGUUUCUGUAUUUCUAUUGAGUAGUGUAAUUUCAUUUAUGCUGCCCUUAAGAUCGACGUUUGGAUGAGAGGGCCGACAAUAUGUUUGACACGCACUAAGGCCAGCCGAUAUACAGUCUAAAAGCAUUCAACGCAACUUAGGAGCCGAGCGUGUCCGUGGUUGAACUCUGAACUC